ACUGACGAUUUCUUGCAUAACAAUCCUAAUGGGACAUAUCCAAGUCUACUACCUUGUCCCUACACUCGACUGCGAAAAGCCCCGUUAAAGAAUAUUAAAGGAAAUAAUAACGAAGUCAAUGUGAGCUGUAAAACACAUAUCUCGAGCAAGAGGGACUGCGAGAAUGCAGCAAGCUAUUUUGGAAGCCCAGGCGAAAACCUUGGAUCCAGAAAAUGCCAGCAAGAUCAUUACCCAGACAUUUGUUCGUUCGUCAGAGUCGAAAGUAAAGGCUACAAACUAAGAUGUGAUGCAUCCAUAUGUAAGGGAAAGGAAGUCAGUAUAGCCGCCAUUGAUGAAAAUAUCGGAAUUAUUAUAAAAUGGCAACGGAUUACACCCUUCGACGCAUCCAAAGUUAACGAAUUCGUGCAAAGAAAAAUGAGUCAAAAUCAUACUUUCUCGUUCAUCAAAUGCGGCCCAAUAUUACAAGCGCUUAUUUUCCCGCCAAAAAUUAAAAGAAACAAAACUGUUGACGAACAAAAGAAAUUGAACGUCAAUAUAAUUGUCUUGGAUUGUGUAUCUCGUCCUCAUUUUUUUCGGGUAAUGAGAGAAUCAGUGAAGGCGAUGCGUAAGGUAAUCUACGAUCAGUCUAUAAAUGCUACUGUGUUGGACUACGAAUUGUUCCAGAGUCUCAGCAUGCAUACAUUUGACAACAUUCGACCUCUGUUUUCUGGAAUUGUACAAGGUAAGAUUUCAUGUGAUUAUUUAAUGCACAUUGCCUAUUCCUGUUCAAACCGUUCAAUUUAUGUCAACAUGAGCCACUCUAUAAACGUUCGGUCUCCUAUGUUUUACAGGUUUMAAAUCUUCAAAGAUACCGUCAAGGAACACAACCUGGAUCACAUUGGGAUAACACACUUCAGUUGCGAGGUUAUAAACCAAUACGGCUACACCAACCACUACGAUCGGCCAUCACAGGUGUGCCUCAACGGUCAGUUCUACAACAGUUAUUUUCUGAAGUACCUUAAAACCAUGAUCCARGAAAUACAGCACGACGAAAAAGCAGYCCCUUUGUUGCUCUAUCAGCAUUUUAAUAGUGGACAUACUCAYACAGGGACUCGGAUACAGAACGAUGACGAUGCACUGGCAGAUUUUAUCCUAAAUAUUGCAAGAGGUCAAGCAACAAGUAUAUGGCCACAGCUAUUUCUUUUGUUAUUAACCAAAGAAAACCGAAUAAUGAUAUCAAAUCCUGGAAUGCAACCACCGGAAAUGAAAGGGAAAGAGAGAAUUAACACAUCAAAGCCUAACCCAGUUAAGGGUUUUGGCAACUGCGUCCGCUAUGUCGGCACGUCUUUCCGCAAUAUCAUACAAAGUACAAGUGGUACCAUGACAACCAUGGACCUCCAUAUUGAUGCUAAAGAAGUAGGUUUAAAAGAAGACGAAAUCACCAGGGCUGCUGUGGAAUUCAACGGUAAAACCCUAAGUCUAAAGUCCUAUGAAAGGCAGACGUUGUAUAACAAAUUCAAAAAUUGCGAUGAUAAGAGCGUCGACUUGAAACUCUGCAUCUGUGAUAAAAAUAAAGCUCCGAGUGAAAAUGGGAAACCUCGUGUCUUGAAAACAGCAAGAAUGAGGGAGUUCGUAUCGUCUCCAAUGUUUGGGACCGAAAGCAAAAUCAAGGAUUUACACGGUGGAUGUUUGUUUCAAAUUACAAGGCAACACUCGAGUAAAAUAAGUGUUGUUUACGAAGUUGCUAACUCUUGCGAAGGGAAGACUUUUAAAAUAAGCGUUGAAGGAUCAUUGGAAUACGUUUUUGUAUCGAGACCGUUACCUUUUCAAAUAACUGUCGAGCCAAACAGUAUAUAUUUUAUGUUUUCUGCAGUACGCCAAAUCCUUAAUCAUAGUCACAUGGAUAUUACAAUAACAGCUGCCCAGGUCUAGCAAUGUUCGAUCCUAUUUGGUCGGAAAUUUCAUGCUAUGCGCCUCGUAGCUAGAACAUUAAUAAUUUUCACGUACGGGUCGCGGUAAAGAGCUAGCUGAAACUAAAACGAUGGCUGAAAAGGCUGAGAGAGCUGAAGCAGCUGGAAUAGCCGAAACGGCUGAAAAUCAUAAAAAUCCAUUUUAUGGGAAGGGAAGGACGGAAGACCCAGCCCCCUACCCCARGGACUUUUGACUCGUAACCAAUCUUSCCGGAUAAUCGACACGGACAGAAAGACGGACAGUGACCAAGGGAAAUAGAGGGACUGCUCCCAAUCUAGAUAUUGAUAAUGCUAUCGAUGCCCAGUUGCUUUGAAAGGUAUCCUCGCACCAUGAAAACUUUAUCUCACAACCCAAACUUUAUCACCCAACAAAACUUYCAUGAACUAGCACAAACUUCGAGGCUUAAUAUUCACUAGACUGUAACCUAUAUUACUGCAUUGUGACAGAUCUUAAUACUUGCAUACUUUUUGAUAAUUACAACACGCAGCCGUAAAGCACUGAAWUAAAAUGAAUUGUACUCGAUUUAUAUAUUUAUAUACAUAUUUAUAGAUGUAAACGUUUCGGUUUGAAUACAUAAAUGCUGGAUUUUUAUGAUUUUCAGCCGUGUCAGGUUUUUUUUCAAUUCUUCGAUUGCACGUUACGUCAUCGCGGCAAUGUUGGUGCCAUUUAACAAAAUAUUUCUCAUUAGCGUCCAUUGUUAAAGGCACCACAAUGCCCGCCAUGUUUUUGUCUUUUGAUUCUCCUGGGAAUGCUUGCAACCCAUCAAUUGCAUAAAUCACAUGUCUUAAUGAUCAUAAGGACUAAUGAAAAUAACGUAGUUAGCAAUUAGUCCUCGAGCUCGAGUGGGCUAAAGACUUUAUUAGUGGUGUGACAAUUGUUUCCUAAUUGAACGUGACAAACUUCUAUGGAAAUAAACAGUUAUUKUUUUGAAAUUCGUCGGGAUAUCACCGUUAUUCCUUUCGUAUCCUUUGGGAUCUCAAUAAUUUUUCAAAGAAUAAAAACAAAAGAAAAUGAAUCCUCUAGAUGUUUGUCACGCUGAAUUGACAAACAUUGUCACACCACGAAUAAGUAGUAUUCACUCAGGCCAUGAGGGAAAGACGACUAAUUGGUKUAGUCAAAUCCAACUAGUCGGUCAAAUAUAUUGAUGCAAACUAGUUUUGAAUUCAAAUUAAAUACAAUGUUUUCAUUUUGGUUCUCAAA